AUGGGAAUCUACAAGGGCCCGGUGACUUCGUUUAAGAAGAUCACCAAGCUUGUCGUCGCAGCCCUUCUUUCCAAUGGAAAUACCAUACAAGACUAUCGCCUCAUGGAUUCGGCAAAAGUCAACACCAUUGACCGCUUUCACGAUGGUGCCAGAUUCCCCAGAGGCAUCGGCACCAAUCAGAGCAGCUCUGCGGAUGACUACAGAACCGUCUUUAAUGCCUGGGAGGUGAACAGCGCCAUGAAGGGUCUCGAGAAGGAAUAUGGCGUCCAGCUCACUCAGGCUCCUUUCGAUACCUAUUGGAACCAAAAAUCCACCGUCGCCUUCCUACCCGUUCCCGACGGUGUCAGCCGCGUGGAGCGCAAAAACUACCGCGUCUACCUCACGGCCGGCGUCCAGGCCCGCGAGCGCGGCGGCCCAGACAGCCUGUUGUACUUCAUCUCUGACCUCCUCUGGGCCGACAAGCACAAGGCCUUGCUCGUCUACAACACGACCACCGUCUUUACCCUCGCCGUUAACGGCGUCGGCGUCAAUAUUGAUCGCAACUUCAACUUCACCUGGGACUACCGCAAGAUCUACAGCCAGCAGGCUCUCGACGUCGCGUCCGACAAGCCCGAGCACGAGCUCUUCCACGGCCCCGCACCCUUCUCCGAAGCCGAGUCGCGCAACAUGGCGUGGGUCAUUGACCAGUACCCAUCCAUCAAAUGGUAUCUCGACGUGCACACAAAGAACCGCAUCGUGAGCCACGCGUGGUCGGACACCCCGAUACAGACCACCAACCCUGAAGUGAACUUCCGCAACCAGAGCUACGACGGUAAACGCGGUGACGUGAACACGAAAUAUGGCGAAUACAUGACCCCCCAAGACCACGACAUCUACAAGGAUAUCUCGAACAACAUGGCCGAGCAAAUGGCCAAGGUCUCUGGAGAGCCAUUCUACAGCAUCGACAAGCUCCGCAAGAAGGGACGGAUCUUUCAAGGCUCUUCUGGAACUGCCAUCGACUGGGCGUACAGCAGACACGUCGUGAACGCGGCGGCGACCAAGAUUAUGAGUUUCAAGAUAAAGUUUGGCACUUCGGAGGAAGAGGCGGCGGAGAUUGGGCAGAAGGGCGGGUGCCAGUACUACCCGUCGCGCAAGAUAUACAAAAGGGGCAUCUCGGAGAGCGCUGUGGGAUACAUGACCUUCCUUCUCAACGUUGCCAAGUAUGAGAAUAUGAAGGGCCCUUGGCCUUGA